AUGGAGCAAGACAUCAUGGCUCAAUUUCUGGAGAGAGAGCGAGAGCGAGAGGAGGAAGUUGGCAACAGCGAGGACUCCUUGGAGAACGCUGGCAUCAUCGCCACGUUCUUCAAGAAAGUCCUCAGCCCGGAAGAACUGGCUGACAUCUACCUCUCCGCCCUCCACGGGCUUCCAGAGAACACCGCCUGCAACACCGAAGCCGCAGUCUGCGUAGAGAGGGCCCUCCACGGGGACCCCUCCGUGGCCUUGGGGAAGGCGCCAGAGAUCAUCAGGUUCAUGCAUGGGAACCUGGACGACAUCACCAACCGUCACGCCAGGACCCAUGCCACUGGCGUCCUUCAGGAGCUCCAGGACCAUCGAUUGAGCGAGGUGGCCUACACCCUGCUGAGCUGGUCACCCCAGUGUGACAGCUCAGCGGCCACCUUGUGGAGGAUGCUGGUGGACCGGAAUAGAAGCGCAGCCGAAGUCCUUGAACAUCUGAUGGCCUGCUUGCAGGGGCAGCCGCUCAAGCCCCAUCUCACCGCAGAGGAGGCUGCCCCUCUGCGCGUGGCGGCUGCCCACGUCCUCCCAGCGCUCAUGGACCAGCCUCUCUUGAGCUUGCGCCUGGCUCUUGAAGAUCAGUGGGAGGCUGUUUGCCUGGCCUGGGUCUUCUGGAUGUCCCACCUCCACCGAGGGGUCCAGGAGAUCCCCCUGAGCCCCGUGCUGGAGAGUGCCGAGCCUGCCCCUGAGGAGCUUGUCAAGUCAGCUGCCGGCACUCUCCAAAAGCUCCUGGGACAGGUCAGGCCGGAGCUCCUUCCCAAGGCCAGCAACAUCUGGCCACUCCUGGAAAACGCAGAGUCUUUCCACAGCGGCGUGACUCUCUUCUUUCGAGCCCUCAACAUCAGUCUCCCCUCCCGAGAGGGGCAGCAGGUGGUGGACCACCUCGCGGCCGUUCUCCACGGCCAUGAGGAAUACCAGCAGGUCACCGCCAUGGCCAUCCUUGCUGAGCUCCUACAAACCUCUGAUUCCACCAUACCAGAGGACACCUUCCAUCUUCUGAUGGGGCAGUUGUCAUCACCUAACGCUGCCAUCCACUCGCUGGCCCUUGACGGCUUGCACCAUCUGGCGGACAAGCCUCAGCAGGUGUGGAAGCUGCUGCCUCUACUGCCAGAGGCGGCCAAGACCUUGCAGGAGCCGGACGAACAAAAGGCCCAGAGGCUCUUUGGCCAGCUGCACCACUGCUUGGCCCAGACCACCGACCCCUCUCUGGCAGUGGCCGCGGCUGGCCGGCUGGUCCCCCUCUUUCACGCAGAGUCCCCCCAGGCCCGCGCCUUUGGAUUUGACGCCUUUGGGACAAUGCUGAGAAGAGGAGCUACGGAAAGGGCCGUGAAAGACCUGGCCCUCAGCAGCCUGGUGCCUCUCCUGCUGCACCUGCAUGACGAGAACAUCGACGUCAUCGAGGCUUGUUGGGACACCCUGAGAACUGUGGCUGUCCUCCUGGGGCACGAGAAGCUGCGCUGGCUGAUCCCAAAACGGGACUCCUGGGCCGUCUGGCUUAUCAUCGUAAAGCGGUUCAGGAAGGUCCCGAAGUGCCGCUUCCUGCAGCAGAUCCUGGAGCACCUGAGGAGCCCUCAAGCGAACAUCCGAGAGGCGGCGGUCAAGAUCCUGGGCUUGGUAGGUCAGCAGACCAAGGAUCAAAGAAAGAUGACCAUCAUCUACCAGGCCCUGCGAGACAUGAGGGGGGAUAAGGAUCCAUCCAUCGGCACCCUGGCCCUCCAUACUGUGGACAUCCUGGAGGCUAUGAAUGAAGGGGUCUCCCCCUGCUGGAGCCUCUGGGAAAGGCUGAGGCGGAGGUUGAGGGGCUGCUGCUCACCUGCAGAAGACGACAUGGUGACUGAGCGUAUCAGGAAGAUCUCCGCGUGGCACUCCUUGACUGUAGCAUCCGAAAAGGGGUAG